AUGUCUACCGGUGACGGAUACUUUCAGCUGAAAGAACUUGUCUACGGCGCCCGCUUCGACGCGUUCUUCGUUCAGUUCUACAACAACCCAGGCUGCCAGGCCUCCGAUAAUAUCACUUCUCUCUAUGAUACAUGGUCAACUGUUCUUUCGGAGACAGGCCACAACGGCGAAGCUGAGUUGUUCGUAGGCAUAUUGUCAGAUCCCCUGGCAGGCGGGAGCGGCUAUGUCGAUUUAUCUGCGCUGAGAUACAUGGUCUGCCAGCUCAAGGACAAGCCUCGAUUUGGAGGUCUAUCCAUCUGGGACGCGACCAGGGGUGGUUCAAACAGUGACAUCAACGGCAACAACUUCAACGACUACGCGGCGCGUGCGUUAAAGUUUUACUGCGACUCGGUGAUCGCCCCAACACCAAGCUUCACGAGCCGCAUCACUUCUGCGGCAGCGGUCACCUCUUCCGUCGAGCUAGUGACUAGCACCAUGUUCGCUACAAUCUCCCACACCACGACCUCUUGCGGAUCCGAGAACUGUGAAACCCAAGUCUUUGCAGAAACUAUGCCCCUGUACACGGCCGUCUGUCCUGGCAAGAAUGGCAUCUUCUUCCAUCUCCCCAGUCGUGCAUCCGAAGCUCUCGGUGCGGGCGAGGCCGUCCAAGCAACCCCCGCGAUCAGGCCCAUGAUUUCCGAGCUUGCUGCCGAUGAACAGGACUCACCACCUGUUCAGACGGGCAUAUCAGAUGCUAAAGCUAAACGAGUGAGUAUCUUCGGCGUCAUAGCAGUGUCGAUGAUGAUCGCGGGGUUCCUGCUGUAG